AUGAAUGUAGAAAUAGAAUCUACCACAGAUGUAACAACAGACAUACAACUUAGCACAAAUGUAACAGUAACAAUAUCAUCUACCAAAAAUGUAACAACGGACAUAGCUCCUACGAUAGGUGUACAAAAAGAAAUACCAUCUACAGCAGAUGUAAUAACAGAUAAACAAUCUAUCACAAAAUAUGUAACAUCAAAUAUACCAUCUACGACGGAUGUAAUAACAGUAAUAUCACAAACAACAGAUGUAGCAAUGGACAUACACCCUACUACAGGUGUAAGAACCAACAUUCCUACUACUACAGGUCUUCCAACUACGAUAUUGGCACCUACAUCUGUUACAAAUGCAAAAAGAGCAAUUGGACCUACGAUACAUGUACCUACUACUACAGAUGUUCCAACUGUGACAGAUGUAAUAACACACAUGUCUCAAACUACAGAUGUAACAACACCGAAACCAUCUACCACAGAUGUAAUAGCACAAAUACAAUCUACCACAGAUGUAACAACAGACAUAAAAUCUACCUCAAAUGUAACAGUAAAAAUACCAUCUACCACAAAUGUAACAACGGGCAUAGCUCCUACGAUAGGUGUACAAACAGACAGGCCAUCUACGACAUCUGUAAUAACAGACAUACCAUCUACAGCAGAUAUAAUAACAGAUAUACCAUCUAUCGCAGAUUUAACAACACAGAAACCAUCUACUACAGAUGUGAUAACAGAUAUACCGUCUACAACAUAUAUACCAUCUAUCACAGAUUUGGCACCUACAUCUGUUACAAAUGCAACAAGAGCAAUUGGACCUACGAUACAUGUACCCACUACUACAGAUGUUCCAACUGUGACAGAUGUAAUAACACACAUGCCUCAAACUACAGAUGUAACAACACCGAAACCAUCUACCACAGAUGUAAUAGCACAAAUACAAUCUACCACAGAUGUAACAACAGAUAUAAAAUCUACCUUAAAUGUAACAGUAAAAAUACCAUCUACCACAAAUGUAACAACGGGCAUAGCUCCUACGAUACGUGUACAAACAGACAGGCCGUCUACGACAUCUGUAAUAACAGACAUACCAUCUACAGCAGAUAUAAUAACAGAUAUACCAUCUAUCGCAGAUUUAACAACACAGAAACCAUCUACUACAGAUGUGAUAACAGAUAUACCGUCUACAACAUAUAUACCAUCUAUCACAGAUGUAAUAACAGUCAUACCAUUUACCAAUGAUGCAGUAACAAAUAUACCAUCUAUCACAAAUGUAACAACAAAUAUACUAUCUACAAAAGAUACCUGA